UUUGGGUAAUUUAUUUAUUUAUUUUUAAAGGGAAGUUGGGUGUGCAAUUGUCAAAAAAACAGGAUUACCUCCACCCUUUCGUUCCGCGUGUUACAAUUUACAAGGAAGAUUAGGACAAAAAGGUCAUUAUGAGGAUUCCUUCCUGUAACCGAAAAACCAAAAAGGACCUCCUUUUUGCGCGUUGUCUCUCUACCAAUCAAAUCACAGUCACGCAGCAAAGCAACGCUCUCUUUUUCUCCGUCACUGCCACUUCUCUUCUCUAGGGUUUAUCGUCAUUUGAUCUCAACCUCUCUUCCUCCCAAAAUGCCGUCUCCACCGCUUCCACAAUCGGACCGCUAGUGCCCCUGCUUUUUCCGAUGUGCAAUGUAUAUUUUGUUCGCUGCUGCGGUUCUGGAAAUGUUGAAUUCUGAACUGAGAUAAGAUGAGUAGGAUUGAAUUAUCGAGGGCGAAGUCAGCGCCGGUUCCAUUGGGGACUCUGAUUGGCCGUGAGCUUCGAAAUGGAAAAGUUGAAAAACCUUUUGUGAAGUAUGGACAAUCUGGAUUGGCCAAGAAAGGAGAAGAUUACUUUCUGAUCAAGACAGAUUGCCUCAGGGUUCCUGGGGAUGCAUCAACGGCUUUUUCUGUCUUUGCGGUCUUUGAUGGGCAUAACGGUAUAUCAGCUGCUAUUUUUGCAAAGGAAAACUUGCUAAGUAAUGUUUUGAGUGCAAUACCACAAGAUAUUAGCAGGGAUGCUUGGCUUCAGGCUCUUCCUCGUGCUCUGGUUGUUGGUUUUGUGAAGACUGACAUAGAGUUUCAGCAAAAGGGGGAAACUUCUGGAACAACAGCUACAUUUGUUUUGGUUGAUGGAUGGACUGUCACUGUUGCAUCUGUUGGGGAUUCCCGCUGCAUAUCAGAUACUCAGGGAGGUGUAGUUUCUCUCUUGACAGUUGAUCACAGACUGGAAGAGAAUGCAGAAGAGAGGGAGCGUGUUACUGCCAGCGGUGGUGAAGUAGGAAGACUCAAUGUAUUUGGAGGCAAUGAGGUUGGGCCUCUUCGCUGCUGGCCAGGUGGAUUGUGCCUAUCCAGAUCAAUAGGCGACACGGAUGUGGGAGAAUUUAUUGUGCCAAUACCACAUGUAAAGCAAGUGAAGCUUUCCAAUGUUGGUGGAAGGCUUAUUAUAGCUUCUGAUGGUAUUUGGGAUGCUUUAUCAUCCGAUAUGGCUGCUAAGUCUUGUCGAGGUCUACCUGCAGAGCUUGCUGCAAAACUAGUGGUUAAGGAAGCUCUAAGGUCAAGAGGCCUUAAGGAUGAUACAACCUGCCUUGUUGUAGAUAUUAUUCCUUCGGACCUCCCUGUAUUACCACCGAUUCCAAGAAAGAAACAUAAUAUGCUAACUUCGCUUCUAUUUUUUGGAAAGAAAUCUGAGAACUCUGUGAACAAAGCUACCAAUAAGCUUUCUGCAGUUGGUGUUGUGGAGGAGUUAUUUGAAGAGGGUUCUGCAAUGCUUACCGAAAGGCUAGGUAAGGAUUUUCCGCUUAAUAAAAAUUCUGGUAUUUUCCGUUGUGCGGUUUGCCAAGUGGACCAACCCCCUGGUGAUGAUGGUUUAUCAGUGAACUCUGGGCCUUUUUUCUCUCCAGCAUCUAGUCCAUUCCUCUGCACAAACUGUCAGAAGAAGAAAGAUGCCAUGGAAGGAAAAAGGCCUAGCAGAGCCUCCAUUACAGCAUAGUAAUUAUCUAGUAUUACAGUAGUAACAUAGUAAAUAUUAGUAUAAUUUUACCCUGGCAGUGUGAGCAUGCUUGAUUUUACAUUUUCGGUGGUUAUUGUCAUAGACGUGUAAGAAAUGAGGUUGAGAAUUGAGGUAGGCUUAGUAGCUGUUUUGGAGGUUGCUGCAAGUUUGACUCUGGCUUGUGCUCAGCUGUAGGACUGGCUGACAGAACAAACAAGAAAGUUGUGUCUGGUAGAUAAAAAUUCUAGUGGAAUCUGCUAACGGCUUGUAUUUGUAAGUAAACUGAAGCUUUUGUGGCUGCCUCUCUAUCGAGAGUGCUUCAAUGCUACAGCCCAAAUGCAUCUGUAUCUUCUAAACUUGUGUUGUUAUACAAAUACAACUACAUGUCUCGAAUGUCCCUCCGAAUUCGAUGAGUAAGAUUCUUGUGAA